AUGCCAGGACUCAAGUACAUCAUGGAGAAUGCGGUACAUCCCGACCUUCGCCUCCUUCGAGGAAAGACAAUCGAGUGCAUUAGUUUGAUUGUCCUGGCUGUUGGCAAAGAGAAGUUCAUGCAGGAUGCUGAGCCGAUUAUGACCCUCUUCAUGAAAACGCAGGCAUCCAGUGAAGCCACUGGAGACGGAGAAGGCGACAAGUUCGCGGAUGAUGAUCCCCAGACCAACUACAUCAUUACCGCCUGGGCUCGCAUUUGCAAGCUGCUCGGUCGUUCUUUCGAACCCUUCCUCCCGAUGGUAAUGCCGCAGGUUCUUAAAUCCGCGCGCAUGGCCCCCGAGGUGUGUGUUCUGGACAACGAGGAAGCCGAGAACAUUGACUCCGAAAACUGGCAAAUCCUUCCCAUUGCUGAGGACCAAAACUGUGCCAUCCGUACCAGGUUUGUUACUAUGGUUGAUCAACGUCAAACCUAUAUCUUGCCUACGCAGUUUGCUCACCCUACUCGGUGA